CAAUCAGCUGCUAGUAUCGCCAAAAUUGGAUUAUUUCUUUAACAUUUUGUUUAUAAAUUUGUUUAAUUAAACUUGCUCCAAGAGAUGUCGAGGCGUGGACUAUUGUUGAUGGGCCAAUGCAUGCCCUGCAUUAAGCAAAAUGCCUCCAAGAUACGCAUACGCCGCAUGGAACUGGACAAGAAUCUGAAUAUGUACUUUAAAAAGGACGACUUUUUCUUUGCCCACGAUCCGCAAAAGGUGUGCAAAACCGGCGAUGUGGUCCUGAUACGUGAGCUUAACGAGCGCAUGACCCGCCUCAUCACGCAUGCUGUUGAAAAAGUGGUCUAUCCACUUGGUGACAUAACCGAUCCCAUCACAGGCAAAAAAGUGGUGGUCGGCAAGUACCGCGAGGACAUCGAGAUGGCCAACGAGCUGUUUGGCAAGUCGGACAAGUCCUUCGACUAUGCGAAGGCCCCACCACGUGGCCGGCUCGAGGGCACCAAAGACUUUACCCACGGCGAGACGUACAUCAAAUACCAUGAGGAUGGCAAAGAUCAGCCCUUUGCCGUCUGAUACAUAUAAGCUUAGGAUUCGUUAAGUUUGCAAUUAAAUAGAUGUCUGGAUAGUGCCCAGCCUUCCCUCCCAAUCAAAGAGCCUGGAAUAAAAGAUUUCUCUAAAUAUUUUAUUUA